AUGGACGAGGAGGAGCCCAGAUUCCAGCAGCCUCUGGCGCCUCCGGUAUCUGCCAGAUUGAGCGGAUGCGCGGAUGAUGGGAGCGGCUGGGGGACCGAGAUGAAGAGAUUCACGCUUGGAGGCGGGGCUGCGCGCAAAAGCUCCAGCAACUACAACGAGCUGUGGCUCCUGCAGGACGAGGACUCCUUUAAGGAACCUCUGGGCACCGCUGACAGCGCCGACUCUGCUUUGUUAUGCCCCGGGGAGGCUGCUGGUGGCCGGGGCGGCUCAGCGUCAGAGCACCACAGAGGGGACACAGUUUCGGAGGCAAGCGUGAGAGGAGUGGGGCCCGUCGGAAUGAUAUGCAACAAGAACGGAGACUGUAGAAGGGACCCGACCAGUUCAGGGAGCCUGUCUUCUCUCAUCUCCAGACAAGAGAAGCAGGCGGAUGGAGCCGUAGGGAGUGAGGACGGAAAGGGGCAGGCCGGGGGGAUGGACGCCUCUGUCACUUCCGCGGGGUCUUUAAUUCAGGGGCCCGUCGGGACUGAGGUCAAGACCAGCGCAGCGACGGAGAAGAAGGACUCCAGAGUUUCCUUCUCCAACGCCCCUACUAGUAAAGGUCAGAUGCCGCCGGGCGUUCAGCCAAGAAACUCUGUCACUUUCACUAAAGCGGAGGACAGUUCUCAGAUAGUUCCGGACGAUGGGGACUCAAGGGGGAACCAGACGUACAUGCAGCGGCAGUUCAGCUCCAUGCUCCAGCCUGGAGUUAACAAAUUCUCCCUGCGCAUGUUCGGGAGCCAGAAGGCGGUGGAGAAGGAGCAGGAGCGCGUAAAGUCUGCGGGGAACUGGAUUAUCCACCCUUACAGCGACUUCAGGUUCUAUUGGGACUUUACCAUGCUGAUGUUCAUGGUCGGCAACCUGAUCAUCAUCCCGGUUGGCAUCACCUUCUUCAAAGACGAGACAACAACGCCCUGGAUCAUCUUCAACGUGGUCUCGGACACCUUCUUCCUCAUGGACCUGGUGCUCAACUUCAGGACGGGCAUCGUGUUCGAAGACAACACCGAGAUCAUCCUGGAUCCCAAGAAGAUCAAGAAGACGUACCUGAAGAGCUGGUUUAUCGUGGACUUUGUUUCCUCCAUACCCGUGGAUUAUAUCUUCCUCAUUGUGGAGAAGGGCAUCGACUCGGAGGUGUACAAAACGGCCCGGGCGUUGCGCAUCGUUCGGUUCACGAAGAUCCUCAGCCUGCUGCGCCUCCUCAGGCUGUCCAGACUCAUCCGUUACAUCCACCAGUGGGAGGAGAUCUUCCACAUGACCUAUGACCUGGCCAGUGCUGUGAUGAGAAUAUUCAACCUGAUCGGGAUGAUGCUGCUGCUGUGCCACUGGGACGGCUGUCUGCAGUUUCUCGUUCCCAUGCUGCAGGACUUCCCGUCUGACUGCUGGGUGUCACUUAACAAGAUGGUGAACGACUCAUGGAGCGAGCUCUACUCCUUCGCCCUCUUCAAGGCCAUGAGCCACAUGCUGUGCAUUGGAUACGGCAGGCAAGCCCCAGAGAGCAUGUCGGACAUCUGGCUGACCAUGCUCAGUAUGAUCGUGGGAGCGACCUGCUAUGCCAUGUUUAUUGGCCAUGCAACCGCCCUCAUCCAGUCUCUAGAUUCAUCGAGGCGGCAGUACCAGGAAAAGUACAAGCAAGUGGAGCAGUACAUGUCAUUCCACAAACUGCCGGCUGACUUCCGACAGAAAAUCCAUGAUUACUACGAGCACAGAUACCAAGGGAAGAUGUUCGAUGAGGAGAGCAUCCUGGAGGAGCUAAAUGAGCCUCUGAGAGAAGAAAUUGUCAACUUCAAUUGCCGUAAGCUGGUGGCCUCCAUGCCGCUGUUUGCCAACGCCGACCCGAACUUUGUGACAGCCAUGCUGACCAAGCUGAGGUUUGAAGUCUUCCAGCCAGGAGACUACAUCAUCAGAGAAGGCACCAUUGGCAAGAAGAUGUACUUCAUUCAGCACGGGGUGGUGAGCGUCCUGACCAAAGGAAGCAUCGGCAUGAAGCUCAUGGACGGCUCCUACUUUGGCGAGAUCUGUCUGCUGACCCGAGGCAGGAGGACAGCCAGUGUUCGAGCUGACACCUACUGCCGCCUGUACUCUCUCUCGGUGGACAAUUUCAAUGAAGUGCUGGAAGAGUAUCCCAUGAUGAGGAGGGCCUUUGAGACAGUUGCCAUCGACCGACUGGACAGGAUAGGCAAGAAGAACUCAAUCCUGAUGCACAAAGUUCAGCAUGAUCUCAACUCUGGUGUUUUCAACAACCAUGAGAAUGAGAUGAUUCAGGAGAUUGUCAAAUAUGAUCGGGAGAUGGUUCAGCAAGUGGAUGUACCACGGCCACGGGCAAUGUCCAUGACCCCUCCGCUCCCCGGCGGGAUCUUUUCUCCUCCUGGUUCCUCCACUCAGCCUCGAGACUCGGCAAUCGCCACCCUGCAGCAAGCUGUGGCGAUGAAUUUUUGUAACCCCAUGCAAGGAAACUCAGUGGGAACAGGGCCCAUGCAGUCUCCUAGGAUGGUGAGGAGAUUCCAGGUGAUGCAGAGUGUAUCCAGCCCGGUCUCUGCUUCUCCACUCCAGUCGCAACUCCUUGCCACCGGUGCCUUUGCUCCAGUCUUGGCCAGUCCCCCUGUUCAGAGUCCACUGGCUGCUGGAGGACGAUCAUUCCAGUAUGGAUCCAGUGCGCUGACUGGUCCGAUAUCAGGCUCCCAGCUAUCUCUAGUUCAGCAGCACAUAUCCAGUCCUGCACACCGGCCCAGCAUGCAUAAGAGCACCCAUUCUUUGCACCUGGGCAGCCUGAGCCAAGAUGUCAGGGCCCUGUCAGCAUCUCAGCCCUCACUGCCUCAUGAGGGAGUGCAACCAGCUGUCCCCAGUCCACCCCAGUCAAUACAAGUUUCUUCCACUUCUAUUGGACCCCCUCAGACGCCAAUGGGCCCCUCGAGCAUUCGAAGUGCAGUACCUCAUAGGGUGGUACUCCCCCACCAAAUGUCAGUGGGGGCCUUCCCUGUAGCAUCUUUGCCUGGUUCUGUGCAUGGUUUUGCAGCAGGGCUGGCAGUGGGAACAAGUCAGGGGGACACGCUACCACCUAAAAAGAACUCAAUAACGAGCCUUCCAGAGACAGACCACAUGAAGGUGAGAUCUAGGCUGUCCUCAAACUUGUGAUCUUAAUCAAACUGUUCUGGGGGGAGUGACUGAACGAGGAACACAAUCAAAGGAACAUGUUCCUCUUCUUUUUCCAAGUUUGACUAUCUGAAUGUAUGAAUGUUGAGCGAGCAGGCAGCAUCCAAAAUAUAUGAGUCUAAUGACAUUUGAGUCUACAACACUGAGAUGUUUCUACUCACAGCUGUAGUUGCACAGAUAAGUAAAAGUAAAGUAGCAUAUUUCACAACAUAGCUAACAAUAUAUUCUUCAGUGUCCUCCCAUUCUCCUCAUACAAUAUAAACCUGAGGUCAGAUGGUUUAAAACUGUUAUUCAGGGAACUGCUUUAGAUAUCUGACGUUGGAACUUAAUUUGUGAUUAUUUACUGUAACUACAUAAUGUGCCAGAGCUCCUUUUAAACUGUUAAACGUUUUUUGCUUCAUUGUCCCUUUCAAGAUAUCUUAUUGACUUAUUGGGAAGCAAAAAUAGCAAAAAAGGAGACAGUUUUUGACUACCUUACGACAAUGAUAAAAGCCAUAUUUCAGAUAAAAUAUUAUGAUUGGACUGCUGACAGUAUUAAGAAAAUUAGAAUUUCACCGGCAUUUGUACUAGGAGUGAAAAUAUAAUACACAAACCCCCCAAGAUUCUUAAAAGGAUAGUUUGGUUUUCAGUAGAUGGCUAUCAGAGAAAAUUUAGAUUGAAGAAGUAACCAUACGCAGGAAGAACUGUUCCUUAGGCUCCAUUCACACCAGAAUGAGACUGGCUUAUGGCCUCCAGACCCUCCAUGACUGUUAGAAGGUUGCUGAGUUGGGUAAAAUCUCAAUUUCAUUAGGCAGUGAUAAUCCUGGUGUGCUUUUAGUACUCAUCAAUAAUUCUCGUCAAAUAUGAUUUUUGCUUUCUUGCAAACCUACAGCCACAAGUGUCACAUCUUCUCUAUGGAGUUUCUUAUCAGUCUAUAAAAUCAGUGCAUAAAUAUUGGACACCAUCAGUUUCAAUCUUACUAUGGUUUUCUGAAUCUUUUGUAUUGCUGGCAUCGCGAGUAAUAAUACUAACUGGGUGCAACGCUGUACAUACUGGUAAGUCUCUUUAAUGUUAUGGUGUGGGCUUAGUCUGGAGUGAUAUGAUGUCAUCAUAUCAAUUAUCACAUAAUUGAUAUGAUGACAGUGGGAACAGGGCCCAUGCAUAAUUGUUCUGUAUAAUUGUUUUGAUAAGGUAAAGACUACUCUUAAACUCUUCAUGUAACCCCACUAUGAAAGAACCAAACUACUCGGUUAAGAUCACGGGGGAUGUUAUAAUCCAUGCUGAAACUACAGUGGUGGGAUGAAUGUGUUUUUUUUUUUUUUUUUUAUCUAAAUAAUUGAUUUGUGCUCUAGUUAUCCCCAUGUUUGUUUACUUUAUAGUUCAUAAAUCUGAAGAGGGUGAGUUUUCAACCCUACAUCACUAUGCACCUUUCUGUUUUGUUUUUAAAGAAACAUUUAAUAACAACACCUUUUACACCACAUGGAAAUUCCUCCUAGCAGCCAAAAAUGUUACAGUAAAUUCUGCAAAGCUCAAUAACUGGCUGAUCUUUUUAAGCCCUCAAUAUAUAUAUAUAUAUAUAUAUAUAUAUAUAUAUAUAUAUAUAUAUAUAUAACUGUAACUUACUAACUAGCUAUAGUGAGAAAAAGGUUAUUGACAACAAAGAAACAUGCUUAUAUGUGCUGGAUGUAGCCAAAAAGUUAAAGAAACAAAGUUUGCUUUGGGCCUCUGCACCGACUAAUCAGACUCAAAUGCAUCCCAGGAAGCAGUUCUUAUUGCCCAGACUUGAACUGUGAUUCACUGCCAGUUACAAACUAGAAACUUAUUACAAGUUCAAUUGUAAACUCGGGCCCCUAUCAUUGCAAUGUAAAUUCAUUCUUUUCUAAUGCUGAGUUUUCACUUGCCUUUAGUGGCCGUUUAGGCGAUGCAUUGCUAUGCCAAAGUCAAUUCUGACAAAUAAUGAACCUCCUGUUACCGCCACAAUUUAGAUAAACAGCCAAGGACAGCGCCGAUCCUUCGCAGGACGUAGAUUGCAGUGUGCCUCUGUCAUUGAUGCCUCGGUAAGAAAUCAUCGAAUGCCACUGAUUUGUGUCCAAAAGCAUUAGGAAGAAGACCCUUUUCUCCUGGACCUGACAUUCUAUUCACCUCAGCUCACGAUUGGCUGAAUCAUUACAGGGUAAUGAGAGUGGAAAAUGGAAUCCCUCAGGCCUGUUUGGGUCCGUUAUUAUCAUCCUUCAGCUGGAUUUCAUUAUACUGUGCCAAUAAUGAGUUCUUCUCCUAUGAUCAUUUUGCAUUUGCUUCCUGUUUAGUCUGCGUUCUUGCACAGUCAUCCACCUUGGGAGUUUCAAAUUGGGCAAAAAAAAGUAGAUGGUUUUAAAGUUUGUUUGUUUUUAAAAGAUCUAUUGUGUUUUCUUUGUCUUGUGAUUUUAAUUAUGCCCACAGGAAUCAUUUUUGGUACUCCAAAGUAAUUAAUACAGGCUUGUUAUGAGAAUUGUGCUUAUUUUAUACAUGGUCCUGGGAUAGAAUGUGCAGUUAGUGACCAAAUUAGUUUUGGACCCAUAACCGAGAAAAGAGCAAUGGUGCAGGGAAAAAAAAAAUAAUAAAAAAAUAAAAAUAAAUAAAACAGGACUUACCAUAUAACAAUACUAGUUAAUGUAUACAUUCACUGAGCACGUUUUGGGGCACAUUUGUUAGGAAUUAGGAAUCUAGUUGACUUGAACACGACAUGAGUACAAACCAAUAACCUGCAAAGGGGAGGGAAGACGGUUUAAAUAAUUUUGGAUUUACCAUAGCUGUUGGUGCCAGAUGGGCCAGACACUGAUGAUCUACAGGGACUUUCACUCACAACUAUCUUUGGGAUUUCCAGUGCAUAGUCUAGUUGUGUAGAAGAAACUCAACUUUUAAGGUAGUAACUGGUGCGUAUGUUUUCUUGGCACAUUUUGGACAACUUGGUGCCAAUGGAGCAUUGUAGAACACCACAAUCUCCCUGAGUCGUGUCACUAACUUCUUUCCCUUAUGGUCGCAGUGUAGCCAUCUUCUGUACCAUGUCAAAAAGCUCAAUCUCAAACUCAUUUCUUAGACACUGUUCGCUGUGGUGAACACAUUUGAGAUAUGGUGGAUUGGGACAUUUUAACAAAGGAUGUUCAGCCAGCAAAUCUGCAGUAACUUUUGAUAUGUCAUUCCAAAAUGUACCAAAACCUUGGAGAGAUAUUCCUUACAACUGGUUGAAACUAUGCUACUAAAUAAUUAAGACAGAUCCGAAGGCAAAACAGGGAUGGAACUAGAACUAGCCUGGUGUACCUAGUAAAGUGGCCAGUGAAUGUAAAUUCAGAGAACCAUCACAGAGCUCCAGAUAUUGUAUGUAUUUUUUGACCAAUGAAAACACAAUAAUUUUCAUGAAACCCAUCAGUUUAGAAUUAAACCAAAGCUACAAAUGAUGCAGCUUUUGUGCACAAAACUCGCCUGACACAGAUCAGAUAUCAGAACAUUAAAUGAAUCCAGUCAGUUCCUCUGAAUGUGACAUUUGUGACAACAAGCAAUAACAGAAGACUGAGUGGUAACCUUAUGCAGAUGAUACUCAAUUAUACUCUUGAUUUGUCUGUGGAGAUGUAACAUUUUAAACCUUACACUGGUUUUUGAAACUUUACUGAACAUUUUGUGUUCGUUGUUUCUUUUUGUAAGCAGAUAGCUCAGUUUAAAUCACCAUCCUUACUAUGAAUAACUUGACUAACAUGGUUAUUUCUAUGUGUAAACAUAGCUUGCAUCAUGUAAACGAGACUAUUUAUUUAUGUAACCUGGUUCACUAUUACUGUAGACCUAUUAAAAAAGGACAUGUUGAAAUAAUUAUUGUUUUACUCUGACAGAAAGCAUAUUAUGAUCUGGACUGAACUGACCAAUCUUAAAAAUUAAAGGAAAAGGAAAUGAGUUGACAUGACAAAAGAUGUAUGGCUUUGUUUUCUAUACUUGUUUGCAUUCUCACCAGGAGUUUGUGUAAAAGUUAUUUAUCUGUCUGGUUACCGUACCUCAGUUCAGUUUAGGAACUUGGUUGGCACACUGACUCGGAUUUCCCCCAAAAUUUCGGAAAUGUUUUGUUCAGUUUCCUUUUUCUCUUUUGGCAACUUUGCAGACAUAUUUAGUGUUAUAUAAAUGUUACAGAAACCCAGCUGUUCGACCCACAAGGCAUCAGUAAAGAUAACAUCUGUGUUAUGCACACUUUCACACAUGGCUGCUGUAGCAUUUUGACAUCUGCAUUUGCAAAGCUGUGGACUUUGUUGCAUGAUUCUGAGUAUUUUUAUUUAUUUUUUAAAUUCUAAAUUCCCAUUUUCGCCUUUAAAAUAUUAAUAUAAACUUUUUCAUCUAUUUUGAUUUUUUCAUGAUCAGUGGACACUGAAUUACUCAUAUUGACCAAUAACGUCUGCAAUUUUGUACUUAUUCAAAAUCAAACUUUACGUACCUAUAUCUCCUCUGUGACAUCCCUGCUUUCUUUAUGCAUUUGCAGGGCAGAGUUGUAACUCUCCUCAAAUGAAAUUGCAAUACAUCUCAGCAAAAUAUUGAUCCAUCUAUUAUAAAUCCAAUAAUAAAACCAAUCUAUAUUGCAUUGUUACAUACAAACAAAAGCCUUGGUGAAAUAAAUCAUUCGCAGGGAACAUUUUUGACUUUAACCCCAGCUUUUCUUUUUUUCCAUAUUUUGUUAAAAUGUGCAAACCAAUGAGUUACAUUUGAAUAUUUUACUUUCCUUUUCAGUUAUUACUUUUUGACUAUCAUGUAUUAAAUAAAAGCACUGAAGCUUAAUUUGGCUUUUCUAAUGGAAGCAAAAUUUCCAGUGAGAGCAUUUCAUGGUGAAUGCCUCUGCUGUGUGACAGUCAUGAUGUUAUUGCUUUACUUUCACAGCCAGAAUUUAAUAUCUGCUUCUUCAAUCUUUGAAAUCAGCACUUCGUCGU